AUGUCUACCCGCAAGAGAAAGCAAGAUGAAGAGCUCCAGGCUCUGCCUAGUGAUGAAAGCGAGGAAGAAGAAGAAUACGAAGAUUCCGAGCCCGAGUUAGCUGAAGGAAGCGACGAAGGCGAAGAAGAGGAAGAACCCGAAGGCGCAUCGGAGUCCGACGAAGACGACGACGAAGAAGAGCCUCAAGAGAAAGAGAAAGACAGCGGUCCCCCGGUCGCGAAAAAGCAAAAGACCGCGCCCAUCGUAGUCGAUGACGACGAGGGCGUCGAAGUCGCCGAGAGCGGCGCCGAUAAGGACGAGCCUGUUGAAGACGAAGACGAGGGCGAGGAAGAAGAGGCUGCUGAUACAGCUAAGAAGAGUGGUCCUGCUGCUGCUGCUGCGAGGGAUAAGGGCGAUGUCGUUCCUAAGGAGUCUGAUUUGCCAGAGGUUGAGGCUGCUGAGAAGGCAGAUGAGGAGGAUGAGAAAUGA